AAGAGGUGGUGUGUGCGUGUUUGGGUAGUUCGGAAGAGAGGGAGUGUGGCUUGUGGACCUGUGAAGCGCUUCCCUCCGAUGUGAAUGCAGUGUCCCCUGUGGGAUGCAGUAGGUGAUGCCCAGCUCUACUGCAAUGGCAAUUGGAGCUCUCUCUAGUUCUCUUCUCGUAACCUGCUGCCUCAUGGUUGCCCUCUGUAGCUCCACGAUACCUGUACAGAAACUGGCCAAGGCUCAAGACAAACAGGAGAUAAAAGCGAGCCAUGAAAAGAGGGAUCACACAUCUACAAGGGACAGCCAGGCAGGCCCAGGGAAAAUGAAUGAGAUCGGCAGGAGUGGGAGGGAGGAGGGCAGCAGGGACUGGAAGAGCAAGGGAAACAGGAACUACUCGAACAAGGAGUCUUGGACUAAGCAAAAGCAGGCUUGGAACAGCCAGGGGACGAGCAGUAAAUCCGGGAGCAUUCAAGUGCAAGAGCAAAGGGAUGCUGCUCCCGAGGAACCUCAGGUAGCUGAAGAUUCGUCUCUCCCAGAAGCUGUUACGAGUGUCACUCCCGAGCCUCCGGAGGAGUACGCCUAUCCGGACUACAGGGGGAAAGGCUGCGUGGAUGAAAGUGGCUUCGUCUAUGCCAUCGGGGAAAAGUUUGCUCCGGGCCCCUCUGCCUGCCCCUGCCUGUGCACCGAGGAGGGGCCGCUGUGCAUCCAGCCCGAGUGCCCCCGGCUCCACCCUCGCUGUGUCCAUGUGGACACCACGCAGUGCUGCCCGCAGUGCAAGGAGAGGAAGAACUACUGCGAGUUUCGAGGGAAAACCUACCAGACCCUAGAGGAGUUCAUGGUUUCUCCGUGUGAGAAGUGUCGCUGUGAAGCCAACGGUGAAGUGCUGUGCACUGUCUCUGCUUGUCCCCAGACAGAGUGCGUGGACCCGGUGUAUGAGCCUGAUCAGUGCUGUCCAAUCUGCAAAAAUG